AUGGCUCGGCUAGUUUCUCUGCUACCCUGUGCUGCAGGCAAGCAGAGGAGCAGGCAACUGCCGUACCGCGAUGAUGUGGAAGCUAAAAUGUCUGCUGCUGAUAAUCUCAGCACUUUUCAUCUCUCAAACCUCAGCCCAAGUCGGUUCCUAUCGGUUGGCUACUUGUUCGUGGUAAUCACGCAGCAGCAGCUAGGUGCCACGAUUAGAUGGCCCGCCACCUCAAAGCACGAAUGUUUGGCAGCGGAGGGAUAUUACAUCGGCUGCUACAACGACAGGAAGAGCAACAGCAGUCGCCUGCUGCCUGUGUUCCUCGCGUACAACAAGCAAUUUGUGACGCCGUUGAGGUGUGCGAGCCUCGCACGUGCUGCAGGCCUUAAGCUGUACGGUGUGCAGUUCAGGGGCCAGUGCUAUGGUGGGAACGACCUGGCGCUGGCUACGUCUCUCGGCGAGAGCGCUGCCUGCACCAUGAACUGCACAGGCGAUAACUCCAAAAUCUGCGGAGGUACCUGGUCAAACAGUUUGUACUCGCUCGUCGCAAACCCGCCACCACCAGGCCCGCCGCCUCCAAACCCAAUUCCAAUUCCAGCGGAGGGAAUUCCCCUGGGCUGCUACAACGACAGGAAGAGCAACAGCAGUCGCCUGCUGCCUGUGUUCCUGGCGUACAACAAGCAAUAUGUGACGCCGUCGACAUGUGCGAACCUGGCACGUGCUGCAGGCCUGAAGCUGUACGGUGUGCAGUUCCGGGGCCAGUGCUAUGGUGGGAACGACCUGGCGCUGGCUACGUCUCUUGGCACGAGCACUGGUUGCACCAUGAACUGCACAGGCGAUAACUCCAAAACCUGCGGAGGUUCCUGGUCAAACAGCUUGUACUCGCUCAUCGUACCGCAUCUGAUUGUGCACGUUCGUUACAAGUGCCACGCGCAGCUGCUAAUUAGCAGCUCGCCUAGACCCUGCUCUCCUUCGUCGCCUCCACCGCUGAUCCAGCCUCCCAAGAGCCUAGGCACCGCACGAGGCCAUUUGGCAGGUAGCUUGGGGCAUUCGUCUCACUCCGCUUGGGCAGUGCUCAAUCCGCGAAACUGGACGAGCCGACGCCUGAUUGCCAUCAUACAUGUACCAGCAGCUUCUUGCCGGGAAGAUGGGUUUUAUCUCAAGCGAUGUAUGUAA